AUGGACAGAGCAAGCAUCCAAUUUAAAGUAAAUCUGUGUUCUAAGUGUCCGGGGGACAAAGAGUACCAUUGUAAAACGUGUCCAUGUGAUUUGUGUCCCAAUUGUAAAGAAAACCAUGUAAAAGAUCUCCAAACAAUAGACCAUGAUGUUGUGUUACACCGUAAUAAAAUCAACUACAUCCUAGCACAAGAGAUCUGUGUGAGACAUCCUAGCCAUGUUUAUAUAAAGUACUGUGAACCUUGUGAACUCCCCGUCUGUUUCCACUGCAGAAAACAUAGAACUCACAUUCAACUAGAUGUUAACACAGCAUUUCAAAAAAAGCGACAACAACACCUAGGAACCAUUCACGCAAUCAGAAGUGAGACUCUUUUAUACAGACAUGCUCUUUUGACAAGAACCAAAUCUGAUAUCAAAACCUGUCAUACACAGUUUUCAAACUUUCAACCAAGGUUGAUAAUGAAGUUCCAAAAACUAAAGAAUCGCAUCGACAAAGUGAAAAAAGAUUUAAUGUAUAAUAUGUUUUGUGACUUAAAUCUUAAACACAGAUGUUUAAAACAGAAGAUAUACAUGACCAGACAUAUUGUGAGCCUUCAGGGAUAUGAACACAAUUAUGAACAGUCAGCAUUCACAUUCAGUGCACUAAAAUUCCUCUCAUCCAUUAAGACAUCACUCCCCCAGAUACAUCUUGCUCUCCACACUAGCAAGUUCUACAUGACUGAGUCUUACAAUAAAAAGGAUGUGAUGGAGUCUCUAAGUAAAAUCAAAACGACGGAUAGAGAAAAGCGACACUUAGAAAAAAAGUGUCUGCUGAAACUGAUGCCUGGUGUUGAGUUCCAUCGUCGAUUCAUACUACCAAGUGGUUUGGAUUGGUUGGGUUAUGGCAUGUAUGUUAACAGUUGUUUACAUAUGUCCAUUGCGACACCAGAGCGCGUCUGGGUCAGUGAUGAUGAAUGCAAUCUGGUCUUGACGGACUUGGAAGGUGAGCCUCUAGCUCAAGUUAAGGGUACAUGCAGUGGUUCAUCUUGUGGAAAACACACGGUGAAUAAUGAGAGUGAAAUGUUUUAUAUAGAUGAGGAUUAUAACAUCAACAAACUGUCAAAGGAUAGGAAAACAACCACCACAUUUAUAGAGAGAACAGACUCUACAUGGAGCCCACGGUGUGUGUACUGGUCCCCGUCCACUGGGGAUCUACUGGUCGGGAUGUAUAGAUAUAUUACAGAUUAUACUGUGACAGGCAGGGUGACCCGAUACAACCAGACUGGAAAACUGAUACAAACAAUUCUACACAACAACACAGGACUGGACUGGUGUUUUUGGCCUAACUAUAUAACAGAGAACAUCAAUAGGGAUGUCGUGGUGUCUGCUAAUGAUGACUGUGGGUCUGGUGCUGUAGUGGUGACAGACCGUGGAGGAAAACAUCGUUUCUCCUACACAGGGCAUCCAUCAGGAUCAGGACUAGAUCCAUGUGGAAUAUGUACGGACGCACUGUCACAUAUCCUUGUGUGUGAUGAUAGAACACACACGAUUCAGAUGUUGGACAGGGACGGUCAGUUCCUCUCACAUCUACUGAUAAGACCAUCAGGGAUAUUCUCACCACAAAGUCUGAGUUAUGAUGUCAACACUCACCGUCUCUGGGUCGGGUCAUCGUGCAACAAAAGCGUGGUUGUCUACAGGUAUAUAGACCGCCAUGACCCUUUGACAGGUAAGUAACAUUCAUAAUUAUUGCAACAUGUGUUUUUGAUAUCUGUUAUUGAACAAAGGGGCAAAACGUUCCUGUCAUCUGAGUUAUA